ACCCUACUCCGAUCUCCAUUGAUUCCUCCCCAACAGCAGCAGCAGCAUCCCAAGAAGAUCAAGAUCCGACCGCCGCUCGCGGUGGCGCUGGUGGUGGCAGGCCUUCUUGCCAAAAGGAUCCCUCCCGUCCGCGAGACGCCAUGGCCGCCGGCGCUGCAGAAUGCCUCCUCCGCUGCGUCUACGAGGGCUGCAUCCCCGGGUGCGACUCCGGGGUCGAGCGGCGGCCGUACCACCGGAACUGCGGGUGCGCGCUCCACAAGAAGUCCCGGAGCAACUGCCCCCGCCCGGCGGGGAAGGGCAAGGGCGUGAGCGUGUCGUACCCGAUCAGGAGGGCGUGGAGCGAGGGGUCCCUGGUGCUGAUGGCCUCCGCGGGCUCGUCGCCGUCGUCGUCGCCGGUCGUGGGGAGGUCCCAGGUGGUGGGUUCUUGCGACGGGGACAGAGAGAUGGAUGAUGGGUUUUGUCUGAAGAUGUGAAAGUUUUGAUCUUUUCUAUGGUUUUUUCUUCGUUUUCUUUUGGGUAGCUGAGAUGGGGGGUUGUUGAUGAUCUCGAUGUUGCUUUAUUCAUUUUGAUCUCUCUGAGACCAGCUUAGGAAAUGUAGGAGAAAACUCCCUCGUUGAAUUAGGAAUCUGACUGAUCUGUAGACAUGGUGGUGGUGUCCUCUCUGGUGGUGUAUGGGCGAAAGCGUGGUGAUUGCAAUGUUCAUCUGUUGAUAUGUUGAGAGUCAAUUUCAUCUGACAAUGAAUGUACAAAUCGAUCUUAAUGGAGCCAUACUUUUUCUUCCAA